AUGGCAGAGGCAGUCCACUACAUCCACCUCCAGAACUUUAGCCGGUCCCUCCUGGAGACCCUCAACGGCCAACGGUUGGGCGGUCACUUCUGCGACGUGACGGUGCGUAUCCGCGAGGCCACUUUACGCGCUCACCGCUGCGUCCUGGCCGCCGGCAGUCCCUUCUUCCACGACAAGCUGCUCUUGGGUCACUCGGCCAUCGAGGUGCCACCCGUUGUCCCCAGUGGAGCUGUGCGGCAGUUGGUGGAGUUCAUGUACAGCGGUUGUUUGGUGGUGGCCCAAUCGGAAGCUCUCCAGAUCCUCACCGCCGCCUCCAUCCUCCAAAUCAAGACCGUCAUCGACGAGUGUACCCAAAUCAUCUCGCAAAGCCGUGGGCCCAAGGACACAUAUAUAGGAAAGUCACAUUUAGGCGCGGAGGGGGGUGUCCCCUCUGUCCCCGAGGUGGCCCAACCCGGUCCCUCGCGUUGUCCUGAGCCGUCCUAUCAGUGCGGUCACUGCCAGAAGACCUUCAGCUCCCGCAAGAACUACACCAAACACAUGUUCAUCCACUCCGGCGAGAAGCCCCACCAGUGCUCCAUCUGCUGGCGCUCCUUCUCUCUCCGUGACUACCUGCUGAAGCACAUGGUGACCCACACGGGCGUCCGCGCCUUCCAGUGCGGCGUCUGCUGCAAACGCUUCACCCAGAAGAGCUCUCUCAAUGUCCACAUGCGCACCCACCGCCCCGAGCGCUUCCAGUGCCGCCUCUGCACCAAGGGCUUCUCCCACCGCACCCUCCUCGAGCGUCACGCCGCUGCCACCCACCCUGUCCCACCGCCGGGACCACCGCCGGGGCCGCCGCCACCACCUGAAGCCGGGCUGGCAACGUGGCCAGGAACCGAGGCCGCGGGUGCCGGCCCUGCUCACACGGCGUGA